AGUCAGUAGUCAUUCAGUCAUUGAGGCUGAGCGUGUCUUCAUGGCGGACUGAGGACUACUUCAAGCCCGCGUGUUGACUCGGACAUUACGUGAAGGGGGCGACGCGGGACGUGACCGACCGACCGACUUCUUUCCCCACGUCCACCGCCUUCUUAGGACGGCGCUCCUGGGAUUCCUCCAGGCCGACAGGAAGCAGGCGAGCGGGGCUCUGAGGGCUCUGAAGGCUGCCUCGUCUACGAAACUAUGUUGGCUUGGAUGAAUUAUUGACCACCACUGGGGUCCGAGCUUCGCCCCUGGCAGCGGGGCGACAAGUAACAUUUAGCUGCUGUGCGCUGCUCAUGUUGGGGGAGGAGAAGUUGGAGAGCGACCCCCUCCACCGACUCUUUUUAUGACUGCCUCCAUUUUCCCUGCGAGCUCAUCAGGAGUUAUCAAUCUACCUCAAGCAAGUGACCUCCACACAGGUGUGUCCAGAUGUCCACCUCCACUGUAAGGUGUGUGUGCUGAUGCUGCACAUACCUCCAAGCAAGUGACCUCCUCAGGUGUGUCCACCUCCACUGUAAGGUGUGUGUGCUGAUGCUGCACAUACCUCCAAGCAAGUGACCUCCACACAGGUGUGUCCACCUCCACUGUAAGGUGUGUGUGCUGAUGCUGCAGAUACCUCCAAGCAAGUGACCUCCACAGGUGUGUCCAGAUGUCCACCUCCACUGUAAGGUGUUUGUGCUGAUGCUGCACAUACCUCCAAGCAAGUGACCUCCACACAGGUGUGUCCACCUCCACUGUAAGGUGUGUGUGCUGAUGCUGCAGAUACCUCCAAGCAAGUGACCUCCACACAGGUGUGUCCAGAUGUCCACUGUAAGGUGUGUGUGCUGAUGCUGCACAUACCUCCAAGCAAGUGACCUCCACACAGGUGUGUCCAGAUGUCCACCUCCACUGUAAGGUGUGUGUGCUGAUGCUGCACAUACCUCCAAGCAAGUGACCUCCACACAGGUGUGUCCACCUCCACUGUAAGGUGUGUGUGCUGAUACUGCAGAUACCUCCAAGCAAGUGACCUCCACACAGGUGUGUCCAGAUGUCCACUGUAAGGUGUGUGUGCUGAUACUGCACAUACCUCCAAGCAAGUGACCUCCACACAGGUGUGUCCACCUCCACUGUAAGGUGUGUGUGCUGAUACUGCAGAUACCUCCAAGCAAGUGACCUCCACACAGGUGUGUCCACCUCCACUGUAAGGUGUGUGUGCUGAUACUGCAGAUACCUCCAAGCAAGUGACCUCCACACAGGUGUGUCCAGAUGUCCACUGUAAGGUGUGUGUGCUGAUGCUGCACAUACCUCCAAGCAAGUGACCUCCACACAGGUGUGUCCACCUCCACUGUAAGGUGUUUGUGCUGAUGCUGCACAUACCUCCAAGCAAGUGACCUCCACACAGGUGUGUCCAGAUGUCCACUGUAAGGUGUUUGUGCUGAUGCUGCACAUACCUCCAAGCAAGUGACCUCCACAGGUGUGUCCAGAUGUCCACUGUAAGGUGUUUGUGCUGAUGCUGCAGAUACCUCCAAGCAAGUGACCUCCACACAUCAGCUGGACGUGUGUCCAGAUGUCCAGCUCCACUGUCAGGUGUUUGUGCUGACACCACAGAUGGCUUCCUUCCCAGACUCGGACCUGCAGACGUGUCCCCUCUGCAAGGAGCUGUGCGGCUCCUCCGCUCCCAUUUCCUCCAGCUCCUCCACCUCCUCCUCCUCCUCCUCCUCGCACACCUCCUCCUCCAGCCAGACCAGCAGGAGACUCCACGUCCUGCCCUGCCUCCACGUCUUCUGCAGGCAGUGCCUGGAGGGCCAGCGUUGCCCCGGCGACCCCCUCAAGCUGCGCUGCCCCACCUGCGACCAGAAGGUGUCCAUCUCCGAGGCCGGGGUGGACUCCCUGCCUUCCUCCAACUUCCUCUUCAGCAACCUGUUGGACGUGGUGGUGAACACGGAGGAGCAGAUCCAGAACAAGAACGGCCACCACCAUAAUGUGGGCUUAGGCUCCUCUGGCUUCCAUCACACCCCCGGAGGCCUCCUUCACCCUCACCUCAUGGGAGAGCCUCCGUGCAGCUCCUGCGACGAGGAGAACCUGGCCACCUCCCACUGCCUGGACUGCCAGGAGUACCUGUGCGACAACUGUGUGCGUGCCCACCAGCGGGUCAGGCUGACCAAGGACCACUUCAUAGAGAGACUAGGAGACAACCUCCACUUGAGCCGAGUCAACAGCAACCCCAGCCAGUCGGUGUCACUCGCUCAGUCCCUGCAGAACAACUUUGCACUGAUGUCCCUCUUCCAGGAUCACAUGAGCUUCUGCCAGCACCACGACAACCAGGUGUUGCUCUUCUUCUGCGAGAGCUGCGCCAUUCCCAUCUGCAGGGAGUGCAGCAUGGGCCGUCACCUGGGCCACACCUUUGCUUACCUCCAAGAUGCCGUGCAGGACUGCAGGGCCGACACCAUCCAGCUGCUGGCAGACGCACAGAAGGGACGACAGGCUGUGAAGCUGAGCAUGGAGAAGGUCCAGGCCAUGGCGGAGCAGGUGGAGAUGAAGGCUAAGGUGAUGCAGAGUGAGGUGAAGGCCCUGGUCCUCAGACACAAGACAGCACUGGAGGAGAGAGAGUGUCAACUACUGUGGAAGUUGGAGAAGAUCCGGCAGGUGAAGGCCAAGUCGCUGUAUCUUCAGGUGGAGAAACUGCACCAGAGUCUCAGCAAGUUGGACAGCUCCAUUGCCGCCGUCAGCCAGGUUCUGGAUGAGGGACGCCACAUCGACGUGCUGCUGGCGCGGGAGAGAAUGCUGAGUCAGAUCCAUGAGCUGAAGGCCCUGAGGGCCCUGAUGCAGCCGCAGGAGGACGACUGCUUCAUGUUCACACCUCCGGACCAGGCGCUCUACAUAGCCAUCCAGUCCAUGGGCCUGAUCAGCAGUGGCGCCUUCGCCCCCGUCACCAAAGCCCAAGGCGAAGGUCUGAAAAGUGCGCUUCAGGGCAAGCACGCCUCCUUUACUGUGAUGGGAUACGACCACGACGGGGAGCCGCGUCUGUCCGGCGGUGACGUCGUGACCGCCAUGGUCAUGUCCGUCUCCGACAGCGCCAUGUCCACCGCCGACAUCAGCGACCACCACAACGGCUCGUACACCGUCAGCUACGUGGCCAAAUGUGAGGGCGAGCACCUGGUGUCCGUGCUGGUGUGCAACCAGCACAUCCAGGGCAGCCCCUUCAAGGUGUUUGUCAAGUCAGGACGCAGCUACGGAUCCCUCGGCGCACAGGUGUCAUCCUUCGGUGCCGAGGGCGAAGGCGACGGUCAGCUGUGUCGUCCCUGGGGAAUCAGCGUGGACAAGGAGGGUUAUGUGGUGGUGGCGGACCGCAGCAACAACCGCAUACAGAUAUUCAAACCCUGUGGCGCAUUUCACUACAAGUUUGGCUCUCUGGGGUCCCGACCGGGUCAGUUUGACCGCCCGGCCGGGGUGGCAUGUGACAGCCAGAGACGAGUCAUUGUGGCCGACAAGGACAAUCACCGUGUGCAGGUGUUUACGUUUGAGGGCCAGUUCCUUCUAAAGUUUGGGGAGAAGGGGACCAAGAACGGGCAGUUCAACUACCCCUGGGACGUGGCUGUCAACUCUGAGGGUAAGAUCUUGGUCUCAGACACCAGGAACCACCGUGUGCAGCUCUUUUCCCACGACGGCUCUUUCCUCAACAAGUACGGCUUUGAGGGGGCUCUGUGGAAACACUUUGACUCCCCGAGAGGCGUGGCCUUCAACCACGAGGACCACCUGGUGGUGACCGACUUCAACAACCACCGGCUCCUGGUCAUCCGGCCGGACUGCCAAUCGGCUCGCUUUCUGGGCUCCGAGGGCAUCGGUAACGGUCAGUUCCUGAGGCCUCAGGGCGUGGCUGUGGACCAGGAGAACCGCAUCAUUGUGGCAGACUCGCGCAAUCACCGCGUGCAAGUCUUUGAGCCCAAUGGCAACUUUUUAUGCAAAUUUGGAACUCAGGGGAGUGGCUUUGGACAGAUGGACCGCCCUUCUGGUGUGGCCGUGACGCCGGAUGGAGUCAUCGUGGUUGUUGACUUUGGGAACAAUCGGAUCCUCAAGUUCUAGGGGGAACAAACCAAAGGUUCUCUCCCUCUGUUUCACCGUUUUCUGAAGGAAACGGAGGCCAGAGAAUGAAUCCCAAAACUGGAGGAGAGCUGAAGGAGGACUUGAGAGCAGGUUGAUGAGAAGGAAAUGAGCUCACAUUCUGGUUGAUUGAUCAAAGGGAAACUUCCAUAACAUUUUCCUUUCCUCUUUCUCAGCUGCUCUCAAUUCUCUGGAAUCUCUCCUCAAGAAUCCUUCUCAGGGAAUUUCUCACUUUUCUUGAACGCUGGUAAGCUCUCUGCUCCACACCUACCUCAUGUAGCUCUUUAUGAAUGUCACUGAGCAGAGGUUUAUUAGUCAAGAAGUCUACCUCUAUACUUUAUUUAAGAGAGACACAAAAAGAUUCUUUAUUUUUUCUUCUUGCACAGGAUUAAUGGAAUUCUUGCUGUGCUAUUGUUUGACUAUGAGUUAAGUGAACCUCCUGAAUGUUGUUGCUGAGACCGCUGCAUUAUUCAUUCUCAGUAGAAGGCUUUCCUCGGACACGUACACUCGUCCUUUUCUUCUUGUUGCAUAGUCGUGACGGCCCAGCCAGAAAAAUCCAUAGCUCAGGUUAUAGUUGGGCUGAUAAGAACCGAGGAAGGCUUUUCAGGCCCUCCUAUUUAGCUUUACCGCCUCGCGGAUUAAAUGCAUUCUUGGAGGACCAAUCACUUUUAUUGUCCUCACCACCUCGUUGCAUCUGGUCAGACUGGACCCAUGAGGCCUAAAGAUCCAGUUCUGAACCACAAGGAUGCAAAGAUUAGUAUGCAAGCGUCUCCUUGGAAAAGUGAGGAGCCAUGUGAUGCAUUUGUUGAGAUCUAUUAGUGAUCUUAACGUAGAGAUUUAAUCGUAGAGUCCAUGUCCCCCCUGAGGCAUGCUGUGUGACAAAAGCCUCAAGUCCACGGUCUGGAGGACAAAAAGAACACCACCACUUUGCAAUCCUUUGGAUGGCGUGGUGGAAUAGCCACCCCUAUAGGGCGAUUGGACCUGACCGCAAAGCCACGCCCACCCCAAUUUAUUAUAAACGCUCAGGUCAUCGCACCCGGUGCUAGUAGACCGAUCCUCUAAAGAUGGAGGUCUAUAGACCAACUACUAGUCAACCAAAGUUAGAAUAUCUGCACAGGCCAACUAUAUAUAUAUCUAAAGAGAAAAGUCAGGUCGUUAAAUAAUCAUUGCUGGCAUAACUCAUGGAGUUGAUAGUGCUGUUGGAGAAAAUAAGAUCCUUUUUUCUCUCCACCUAGAGAACCAAAGAGAAGCCCAUUGCAGUAUCCCCCGAACUCACUGCUCCGUCUUAUGUACAACAAUCCAUAACUGGAACACAGACGGCAGUAGCCCAGAAUGGCAGUAGCAACCCAUAACUGUAGCAACCCAGAACUGUAGUAACCCAUAACUGUAGUAACCCAUAACUGUAGUAGCCCAUAACUGUAGUAGCCCAUAACUGUAGUAAUCCCUUAACAGCAGUAAUCCAAAACUGUAGUAGCCCAUAACUGUAGUAGCCCAAAUCUGUAGUAGCCCAUAACUGUAGUAACCCAUAAUUGUAGUAAUCCCUUAACAGCAGUAAUCCAAAACUGUAGUAGCCUAUAACUGUAGUAGCCCAAAUCUGUAGUAGCCCAUAACUGUAGUAGCCCAUAACUGUAGUAGCCCAAAUCUGUAGUAGCCCAUAACUGUAGUAACCCAUAAUUGUAGUAAUCCCUUAACAGCAGUAAUCCAAAACUGAAGUAACCCAUAAUUGUAGUAGCCUAUAAUUGUAGUAACCCCUUAACAGCAGUAGCCCAUAACUGUAGUAACCCAUAAUUGUAGUAGCCCAUAAUUGUAGUAGCCCAUAAUUGUAGUAGCCCAUAACUGUAGUAACCCAUAAUUGUAGUAGCCCAUAACUGUAGUAACCCAUAAUUGUAGUAGCCCAUAAUUGUAGUAGCCCAUAAUUGUAGUAACCCAUAAACACGGACUUCAAUCUGCACCCCACUUGAAGGCACUGGACAAGUGAAGUUCCAGCAAAAGAAAAGGUAGAAAUAUUCCUCUCCUCUGAGCAGGAACCAUCUGGAACUACAUUCUGCAUCAGCUAGGAAUGAAAGUGUUACCUAGCACUGCCUUCAGUGUCUCUGCAGCAGU